AUGCGAAAACGGAUUCACUCAAGCGACAAGUUACAACUCGGCCGUCAAUCGUCGACGGGGUCUGGUGGUGCGCCUAGCUCCGCCGCGCAGAAUGCGUCUUCGCAGGCUUCUGGGGCGGCCGCCGCGUCUGCUGGGGGGGGCGGGGCUCCAUCCUCGGGCUCGGCCGGGGGAGCGCCUCCGGGCGGAGACGCCGGGGGCCCGCUGGCGGUGACUGGAGCCGCGGCGGACUGCGGUGCCUUAGGCGCAGCCGGCGCGGCGUCUCCCCCGGGGGGCGACUCGCCCGGCAGAGGAGGCGCCGGCGGCCCGGAUGUGUGUCUUCGAGCGGACAGCUCCAAAGACGUGGGAGAUGGACGGUAUCGCGCGAGCGGCUACGGCGGCAGUCCGCAGGGGCCGGGCGCGGCUUUCGAGAUUCCGAACUUCGACGACUUGCCUCCGCUUCUCGACGCGCCGCAGGCCGAUCGCCCCGAGUUAUUCCGCAAGAAGCUUCUCGCGUGCACCUGCAUCUUUGACUUCAACCAGCCGCAGGUCCACGUCAAGGAGAAGGAGGCGAAGCGGCAAACGCUACUCGAAAUCGUCGAAUACGUCAACAAUUCUCGACACUGUUUCAACGACCAUAACCUUCCGGACGUCGUGAGCAUGGUUUCUGCGAAUAUUUUUCGGGCUUUGCCACCGUCGCAUGCGUCGAACGCGGCGACGUACGACCCCGAGGAAGAAGAGCCGACCCUCGAGAGCUCCUGGCCUCACCUGCAGAUCGUCUACGAGUUUUUCCUGCGGUUCAUCGUCUCCAACGACGUGAACCCCAAGGUCGCCCGAAAAUACAUUGAUCAACAGUUCGUUCUCCGCCUUCUCGAGCUGUUCAGCUCAGAGGACCCCCGAGAGCGCGACUACCUGAAAACCAUCCUCCACCGAAUUUACGGGAAAAUCAUGGCGCUUCGACUCUUCAUUCGCAAGUCGAUUCAGCAAGUCUUCUUUCGCUUCAUCUACGAAGACGAGAGUCCAAACGGCAUUUCGGAGUUCCUUGAGAUCCUUGGCAGCAUCAUCAACGGUUUCGCGCUGCCUCUCAAGGAGGAGCAUAAGCUCUUCUUGGAGAGGGUUCUCGUGCCUCUGCACAAGGCCCGCUGCCUCAGUCCCUUCCACCAGCAGCUCACCUACUGCAUGCAACAAUAUGUGAGGAAAGACAGCCGCCUGGCUGAGCCGAUCAUCCUCGGUCUUCUGCGCUUCUGGCCAGUCACCAAUGCGCCGAAGGUCGUGCUGUUUCUCAACGAACUGGAGCAUAUUCUAGUCAACACACAGCCUCCCGAGUUCCAGAAGGUGAUGAAUCCGCUCUUCCGGCGCCUCGCGGACUGCAUUCAGUCGCCGCACUUCCAAGUCGCUGAGCGCGUCUUGUUCUUCUGGAAUAAUGAGCACAUCGUCAAGCUCAUCAACCAAAACCGGCAGGUGAUCUUCCCGAUUGUCAUCGCCGCCCUGUUCAAGAACUCACAGUAUCACUGGAAUUCCACUGUCCAUGCCCUCACCUACAACGUCUCCAAACUGCUCGCUGAGGCAGACGCGGCGCUCUUCGAUGAAUGCUCCAACAAACACAUCGCCGAAGAGGAGAAGCGCAAGCAGCAAGAGGAAGAGCGGUCGCGGCGCUGGGCGGAGUUGAAGCAGCGCGAGGCGGAGUUGGGAGUUGGCGUCGAGGAAGAUGCGCACCUGAUUCGCUUCACGAAUGACCUCGGUUUUUGA